UAUGCAAUGGCAAGUUAGGCCAGUUGUUGAGUGGAUACUACUUUUCAAGGAUGUUGGCUUGUACUAAAAACUAUUGAAAAUACCUUCCGUAAAUAUUUCGAGAAAUGUAUGCAGCGAUGUGGCUUUGUAUAAAACUAUUUUGUCAAGCCCCAAACACAGUGUUUUAAAGCUGCGUUUAAUUUGAAUGUGAUCGCAAGCGCAUGUGUCAAUUGGAGACUCAAAAAAAAGUAUUACCUCCAAGUGUUUAUAUGCUGCAAGUCACUGCAGGUUCCCAUUAUCGCCAGAGGAACUGGUCCACGGACCGUCACGAUACCCGCACAAACCCAUCCCCACAAACACUCCCUAACCUGUUUCCAUCCUACCUUGAUGGAUGUUGGUGAAUCACAUUAAGUCGUGUUUCCCAUCUAUACUAUUUCGGGGGGAAAACAGAGAAAUAUGCGCCUCAAACAUCUUGUCAGAUUUACAAAUUGGCCGAUCUAAUAUGCAGAAGAAAUUUAAAAACACAACCUAUCUAGUAAAAUGCUCAAUUAUAUUGAAUACUGACAUGUUAAUCAUGCUGAUGAACUGGCUCUCUUUAUUAUUUCCGCACUACCCCAGAGAUCUACACUAAACAACCUGGUCUAAUGUCUUCAGGUAGUCAGAUUGUUAUCCACUCUAUUGAUUUAUCGGAAUAUAUAGACGUGAUGUUCCACCCAGCUUUACUUGGCAAAGUCGGGUUUGCGUGUGUAGAAGCGAAGUGUCAAAACAAUAUUUAAAAACAUACUAAAAUGCCUGAAGAAGGGUCUCGACUCGAAUCGUCACCCAUUCCUUCUAUCCAGAGAUGCUGCCUGUCACGCUGAGUUACAUUUUGUGUAUCUCUUCUAUUAAAACGAUCAACAGGUUCUACGUUUAAGGAAUUAAUGAAAUAUCAUGGAUAGUACGACGUAAACAGUGUAAAGUUUGGCUUUGACGGAAACUAAACGCAUGUUAUUUGUAGCACUGUCGGCGCAAUAUCAAUAUGAACAAAAAGAAACAAAAACUCGAGGCUGAAGCCUCCCGACAACCAAAGGCACUUGCACGUUUCGUUGCUGCUAAGGGGUGUACUCUGGGUGGAGAGUACGAUUCUGAGAUUUGCAUAUUCAUUCGGUUGGGAGGAGGCUGCAUUCAGACGGCCAGCGCGUUUACUCUAUAUAGGGCUCUUUCUCCAAAGCUUACAGACGGCUAAGCGUUGCAGUUUCUAUCUGAACUUAUCUGAACUUAUUCUCAACGAGAAAAGAUCCCAUCUGCCCAAGACUCUGCGAGACCUCCGAUAAAUUGGUUUAGAUGAUUAUGGAAUUUGCAAAUGAGAAUUUUCCCGUCGUUGGCCAUUACUCGAAAGGGAACGAGUACUACGUGGGAGCAGAAGCAACCCUGGAACACGUUAUGGACAGCAUGGAAGGGGGAACUUUCUACAACAAGAAUGCUUCAAAACGGAUCCACACUUUUCUUAACAUGGAAAGCAACGAGCCUCAUGAGAGGCUUGCAAAGACCGUUCACGAGGACGGUGCGAACGCCAAUUAUGGCGUUUCAAAGCCAAUGGGUACAGUGGCCUGCGCAGACCUGCCGAGACCCAUCGAAAACUACUGCAACAUGAAGGUGUCACCGCUGAAAGGUCUGGAGGAAAAGUCUAUCAUGGAUCACAAUGUUGACAAGAGUGACUCCAAUGUCUCCAGUACCAAGAAGAGGAGAAAUAGGACAACAUUCACCAGUUUACAGCUAGAAGAACUGGAGAAAGUGUUCCAGAAAACCCAUUACCCAGAUGUGUAUGCGAGGGAGCAGCUGGCUCUUCGCACGGAGCUCACCGAGGCCAGAGUGCAGGUUUGGUUUCAAAAUAGAAGAGCAAAAUGGAGAAAGAGGGAACGAUAUGGCCAGUUACAGCAAGCUCGAAACCACUUUGCAACCUCCUAUGAUAUAUCUCUUUUACCAAGGACAGAAACAUACUCACAGCUGCAAAGCAACUUAUGGGCAGGGAACAGCCCCACCAACUCGGCAGUUUCUUCUUGUGUAUUACCACGCGAAUCCUCCCCUUGUAUGUCACCAUACCCUCAACCACACAGAAAUGCCAGCGCUUACAUGGGCAUAUCAAAUCAACAAAACCAGUUCAGUCAAGUAGCUCUAAACAAUCUCUUCAAUGACUCUGUACUGUCGGGCUCUUCCGAUGGACAUGCGUUUGAGCCAAGGCCAGAGUGUGAAAGAAGAUCAUCAAGUAUUGCUGUGCUUCGAAUGAAAGCCAAGGAACACACUGCCAACAUAUCAUGGGCCAUGUGAUGGGCAAUCAAAAUGCAGGACGAUCUGUAAGCCAAAGUGCCUGUGCAAUUGUGUUCCUGGAAAAUAUUAUGCUGAGCUGCUGCAUCUUAGCAAGGAUGUGGUCAUAAGCACAUCACUGGAGAGAGAUUCACAGGAUAAUUUUUAUCAAUGCAAUCCUGAAAACAAUAGGGAAGACCGAAUCAGAAAAUGGAAUGAUUGAUCAGUAAGAGGACAUUGUGUACCAUGAAUCAUGGAAUUUUACAGCAAGGGUUAUCAUUUGCCCCCGUGCCUGUGUCCACUAUAUGAAAGUGCACUGCAUCUCAUUCCUCUGACUUCAAUUGAUGUCUUCAUACUUCUUCCUUUUUGAAAAAUAUUUAUCCAUUUCUGAUUCCAAAUGUUUCAUGUAUGCUAUCUGCCCAUUUGUUUCUAGUAAGGCCUUAUGUUUCGACAAAACAUUCUGAUCUCUUCUAUAUUUUUGUUGUUGAUCUUAAAUUUACAUUUCAGAACUGUACUGUUUUGUCAAUGGAACAACAUUUCAGAAAGAAAACACAUCAAGCAAAUAAAACAACAUUGAUUCUUGAGUUCCACCACUUGACGGAUGAAUUUAUUUGCUUGUGCUCUCCAUUCAUUGAUUCACUGAUCAUUGAGAAUAAUAUUCCCCAAUAUCUAUUAUUAAAACUAGUCAUUUAUUUUGAACAUUUGCUUGAGAUGUCCUUUUAUCUUGGUUCUAGGUUCUUGGGUCCUCCAAAAUAUUCCAACUGGAAUUUAAACUGGAGGUGGUGAAGGGAGGGAUUAAGCCAGAAAGGGUAUAAAGAACACACACUAUAGAAUUUAACAUAAAACAUCCCCACACAGCAGAAUCAAAGUUUCCCCACUGUGUGGGAAGGCACCAAAGUCAGUCUCUUCCUCCACUGUUCCUC